CCAUUUUUGGCAUUGCUGAUUAACCACUUUCAUGUUACAUUAAUCGUUUUGUUUACUGCUGGCGUACAACUGAUUGCCAGUUUAAGUCUUUCAGACAUCCGAAAUCGCAUAUGGAUUGUUGGGUCUUCCUUGGUAAAGAGGGCCUUUCUUCAUGCAAGGAGGUCUUUUGAGGGGAGCCAGCUCGGUCUAAGCCGCUAUCAUGCUAGUGUUUGGUGGCAGGGAAAAGGUGGACUACGUUGGAGGGAAUUGGAGCCUUUUAUUAGACACCUUUUAACCGUGGAGGACAUUCCCCAAAUUCUGGUGAUUCAUUGUGGGGGCAAUGAUAUUGGUCAAUGUGUGAGCUGUGGUCUCCGUCACGCUAUUGUAAAAACUCUGCAUAAAUUAAUGCAAUUGUUGCCCGACACCAUUUUUGUGUGGUCACAGAUUUUGCCUCGAUUAGAGUGGCGAAAUGAAAUUGUACAUGAGGCUGUUGAGAGGGUGAGACCUAGGGUAAAUAGUAAAGUGGCCAGUUAUUUAACUGGUUUGGGUGGCAAAUAUAUUACUUAUCCCGAACUACAGGACUGUAAUCCUGAAUUUUUUGUAGACAAAGUCCAUUUGUCCAAUUUAGGCAAUGACAUUUUCCUGUACCAUGUACAGCAAGAUCUCUGUGGUAUACUUGCAAAUUGUUGAUAUUGAGUUGACAUAGUUAGCUACUUUGUCUCUUUGGGUUAAUACCAAUAACUAAGAGGCCUUAGUCCUUAAGGGUGGCGUUUAUUUGGCUAUGGCUCGGCUGCAUAUGAUACCUAGGGCUACCACUGGGUUGCUUGUCCUCUCAGUAGUACAGGGUGUCGGUUGCUUAUCUAUUGCAAUUUCAAUUUAAUUUUGCGGUAUGGUGGCGGUGGCAAUGCCUUCCAUCUUUCAGCGGGCGGCAUUGCCAUGUGGCGGUCUUUUGAGGCAACACCAGUACCGCUUUGGUGCAAUAUUUACUAUAUUGACAAGUUGUCAUUUAAUGAAAAAAUUAUUUUGAACUUACCUUCUGAAGUUACAAAUUGUAUUUUGCAAUUUUAUAGCAUAAUUGAUUUUUAAGAGUACAGCUGUUCCCAGUGUACCCUUGAAUUUUCAAAUUAAUUCUUAUUGGACCAAUUAAAUUCUAGUCAAGUAAUUGGUUAAAGUGAAAAAUUGAGGUGUUCAGCUGUUCCCAGUGUUCACCUAAUUUUUAUCCAUAUUGCAGUUUUUAAGAAACAUUUUGCACAAGUUAUUUUCAAUUUAUCUCGUUUCUGGUUUGCCCAAUGACUCUACUUUAGAGUCGGUAACCACAUCUUUUGAAGCCGUGGCCAUAUAAUCGCCAAACCUUUUCAAAAAAUAAAAUGUCACUUGAAUUUGAA